CACGCAAGCAUUCUGUAGAGAGGAACCUGCGAGAGGCCUCAUAGACCGCACGUGAUAAAGGGAAAGUAUGAGUAUCAUCACCUGUCAUCUUCGGAGCCCAGGAUGAUAAACAUGAAAGCCGCGUUCGUAGAACACGACAGCUGUAGAUAUAUCUUUUUACUAUGACUCAACACCUAUUCUUACCGAAGCGCUUCCGAUGUUUCACUCCGCCUGAAUCUCGCAGACUCAGUAACAGAACACGCAGCCCUUUAAUAUAUAUCAUUUUUGGGUUGUCCUAGUUGUCCCGGUUUGAUGUCCUCGGGCCAGUUGGUCACCGAUUCAGCUUGUGAGAAGCCGAAGAGAGGAAACAGCGUCCAUUUUUUGAGGGUUGGAAAUGAGACGGGUUAUGACUUUGAAAGCAAGUCAUUUAUUUCUUAACCAAUAUAUAAAUUGAUGCAGCCCUUUAAUUAUUAAAGCAAAC